GUCCUCUUACACCUCGCGCGCCUUGGUAUUGAUCUGUUACGGUACAGGUAGUACUGAAUAUUCCCGGUGAUGGAGUGACUGAUACAUACAGCGACACACUGCUCCGAUAGCUGGCUGCUAUAUCGCAUGAAUUCAGCAACACUUCUUACGCACCGACGACAGAUAUUAGUUUAUAACCACGAUAUGGAAAAGAUAAAAGAAGUUGAUGCCGACUUGUUCUCCAAGACAAAUGCAGAAAAUCCAAAGGUGCGCUUCAAACAGCUGUAUAAGAAAGCGUUGGAGGCGGGGCUUUCUGAGGACGAUUUCAAUAGAAUUGGUGCCAUUAAGGAGAUAAGAAACUCAACCCAAACGCCUGGCUUUCUUUCGAACGUGUGGGGUGUUUGUUGGAAAUGCUGUCUUUUGGUUCUGUUAAUUACGUCAUUACUUGCCGCUGUUUUUGUCUUCCAAUGGCCAAUUAAACGUACCGUUGUAUUCAAAGUUUGGUUCGCACUAUAUGGAGCUGAAACUGGUUCUGAACAUACGGAACUUUGCGCUGUGGAUCCCAUUGAUUACAUUGCAGAGAUUUCCAGGCCACCUACGUCAUGUGACUUCUGCCGAAAUGUGUCGUCAGUGGAAAAGUUGGACAAUGUGUCUCCGGAGUACUUUGAGAAGGUUUACGCUUAUAGUUCUGUGCCGGUUGUGAUCACUGACGGCACCAAAAACUGGACCGCUUCCAACGUGUUUUCUUAUGAUUUUUUCAAGUCUCUUUAUUCGAAGGGUAGCCCUGCUUUGCAGAAUAUUGAAGAAAAUUGCCAAUUCUUUCCAUACAAAACGAAUUUUUCAAGUUUGGAAGAAGUGUUUGAAAUGGACGAUGACAGAGCGCUGAUGAAAGAUGGCUCAGAUCCUUGGUAUAUUGGAUGGAGUAACUGUGACCUGUCGGCUGCUAACACCCUGAGGGGACUCUACAGUCGGCCGUACUUCCUUCCACGGGUCGCCGAGUCCAGCAAGACAGACUGGAUAUUUAUGGGCAGUCCUGGAUAUGGAGCAAACCUUCAUAUAGAUGCGGUAGAGCACCCCUCGUGGCAGGCGCAGGUCGCCGGUACAAAGCGAUGGACCCUGGAACCCCCUCCCGAGUGCUACUUUCAGUGCCCUUCAAAUGUGCAAGUCGUAAUUAAGCCAGGGGAAAUAAUUGUGCUGGAUACCAACAGGUGGUACCAUUCUACGAUGAAUGUCGGUGAUGAUAUCAGCAUCACGAUAGGAUCAGAGUAUGACUGAAUCAAAACUAUAAUAAAAUACACACCAACACGA